CCAUUACUUUACUAUAUAAGAAACUCCUACUUUUCAUAGUUUCAGUUGAUUAUAUUAUAUAGUAGUACUAUAUAUUUCUCAACCCACUCCCAACCAUAUUAUCACCCAUAACUUUAAGGCAAAAAGCUCAACUACACCAUCUGUUCCUCCUUUUUUUACAAGAGAUGAAGAUCGAGGUGAGAGAAUCGACGAUGGUGCAGCCGGCAACGGAGACGCCGCAAAUACGGCUAUGGAACUCUAAUGUUGAUUUAGUGGUUCCUAAUUUCCAUACUCCGAGUGUUUAUUUUUAUAGACCGAAUGGAUCCGCAAAUUUUUUCGACGGAAAAGUGCUGAAGGAUGCGCUUAGUAGAGCAUUAGUGCCGUUUUAUCCGAUGGGAGGGAGGUUAUGCAGGGAUGAAGAUGGACGUAUUGAGAUUGAUUGUAAAGGACAAGGUGUGCUUUUUGUGGAAGCUGAAUCUGAUGGUGUAGUCGAUGAUUUUGGUGAUUUUGCACCGACGUUGGAGCUCCGACGGCUUAUUCCGGCCGUUGAUUACUCACAAGGAAUUGAAUCGUAUGCUCUGUUAGUGUUGCAGAUAACACAUUUUAAAUGUGGGGGAGUUUCCCUCGGUGUGGGCAUGCAACAUCACGCAGCAGAUGGAGCUUCGGGUCUUCACUUCAUCAACACAUGGUCCGAUAUGGCUCGUGGUCUGGACCUCACAAUCCCACCUUUCAUUGACCGUACCCUCCUCCGUGCUCGUGAUCCACCUCAGCCCAAGUUCCCCCACAUCGAGUACCAGCCACCUCCCACUCUCAAGGUAACUGCAGAAAAUGCUCCCAACUCAGAACCUGUUCCUGAGACUAGUGUGUCCAUCUUCAAACUGACCCGCGACCAGAUCAAUGCCCUCAAAGCCAAGUCCAAAGAAGAUGGAAAUACAGUUAACUACAGCUCCUAUGAGAUGUUGGCAGGACAUGUGUGGCGCUCCACUUGUAUGGCACGAGGACUAGCUCAGGAUCAAGAAACCAAGUUGUACAUAGCAACUGAUGGGCGUGCUAGGCUCCGACCUUCUCUCCCAUCAGGCUAUUUUGGCAAUGUGAUAUUCACUGCCACUCCUGUUGCAGUCGCUGGUGAUCUCCAAUCGAAGCCUAUUUGGUAUGCAGCCAGCAAAAUUCAUGAUCAGUUGGCUAUAAUGGACAACGACUACUUAAGAUCAGCUCUUGAUUAUUUGGAAUUGCAGCCUGACUUGAAAGCACUCGUUCGUGGUGCACAUACAUUUAAGUGCCCGAAUUUAGGAAUAACUAGCUGGUCUAGGCUGCCAAUCCAUGAUGCUGAUUUUGGCUGGGGCAGGCCAAUAUUUAUGGGACCUGGUGGUAUUGCUUAUGAAGGCUUAAGUUUUAUAUUGCCAAGUCCGACCAAUGAUGGCAGUCAAUCAGUUGCCAUUUCACUGCAAGCAGAACACAUGAAGCUUUUCGAGAAGUUCUUGUAUGACAUUUGAAAGAAGCCAAGUUCCUGUGCUGCUUCCACUGGGACUUUCAAUGCUGAACAUGUAAAAGAGACUCUUUUUAUUUUUUUCAUUGGAGGUUUUUCUUUGUUCUUUUUUUGUUUCCACACUGAACAUCAGUUUUAUUUCCGCUUCUAGGAUGCAUGGAUUAUAUACUGAAGCUAAACUGCUAGUGUUUUGUGUCCGCGAGGGACCUCAAUUUUUUCGUACUUGAAUGUGAAAACAUGUUUACGACA